AUACCGUGAAAACGAAGAACAAAUAUUUCAUUCAUGUCUCGCCAGUUCGUAUAAUUUCACUCUUCAUAUUUUUUUCGGUCGUCUGUAGUAAAUAAGUAUUCUUUUCGGAUUUGUUGCUGCUACCAGUUGUUCCGCCAUUCAAAACUACUCCGAAACAUUGUGGAUAGCAUCGCGGAAAAUACGGCCCACGCCUGCAAAUGUCGACAGCUGUGGAUAAUUGUCGCUCCCAUUGAUGCUGGCUGAUGCGAAGUCUUUCGUGACCCGAGGAAGAAGAUUUCGUCCGGACUGGAGAAAACCAAUAGUUGCGACGCGAAUUGAUCUUCAUAUUCCGAAUAGUGUGAGAUACUCCGGACGGGGUGAGAAUGCGUACCAUUCUAUUCAUAGCUGCGAGUCUCGCAAUAUUUGCUGAUCUGGAAGCCUCCCUAAGCCGUAGUAAUACGGAACCGACAGGACUGGUCUGCGAGACAUACGACUGCAAGGAUGGCGAUUGUACGGUGGGAACUGAGGUCUGUGAGGAGGGAGAUUCGGAUAAGCCAGUUGGAUGUUUUGUUGUUUGGAGUACCAACAAUACGAGCAAUGAAGUGAAAGUAACUUUGAAGGGAUGUUUCCUUAAUCCGAGCGAUUGCAACAACACCGAGUGUAUCGAUAAUUCGCUCGGGACGAAAAACCUGAACUACUGCUGCUGUCGGGCGAACAUGUGCAAUCGGGAUCACAAGUGGAUUCCAGUCGUCACAAAUCCCCCGGACGUAUUGAACCACGUUGCUCCGGAAUCGAACAUUUUCAUUACCGUUGCAGUGAUUGUGUCCUCAGUGGCGAUAAUCGUUGGUCUGCUGUUUACCAUCUUCUGGCGUCAUAGGAAGCAGUCGAUGUUUAAUGAAAUACCAACUAUCGAGCCGGAGAUCACAAGUUCAUCGCCGAAUAUUGCCUUAAGGCCUAUCCAGCUGAUAGACCUGAAAGCGCGCGGACGAUUCGGGGUGGUGUGGAAGGCUCAGCUAAUGUCCCAGGAAGUGGCAGUUAAGAUUUUCUCUGUACAGGAAAAACAAUCGUGGCUCACCGAGCAGGAAAUAUUCAAGCUACCUCGUAUGAACCACCCAAACAUACUGCAGUUCAUCGGUUGCGAGAAACGGGUGGAGCUCAACAAUACCGACUUCUGGCUGAUCACCGCAUUCUGCAAUCACGGUUCGCUGUGUGACUAUCUGAAAUCUCACACCGUAACCUGGCAGGAGUUGUGUCGCAUUGCCGAGAGUAUGUCGCGAGGGCUGAUGCAUUUGCACGAGGAAAUUCAGGGCAGCAAGACGGAGGGGCUGAAACCGUCGAUCGCACAUCGGGACUUCAAGAGCAAGAACGUUCUGCUGAAGGAUGACUUGACGGCUUGCAUUGCAGACUUUGGACUGGCACUGAUCUUCACACCGGGCAAACCGUGCGGUGAUACCCACGGCCAAGUUGGUACCCGUCGCUACAUGGCACCGGAGAUUUUGGAGGGUGCAAUAAACUUCACCCGGGAUGCAUUUCUGCGUAUCGAUGUGUACGCGUGUGGUUUGGUGCUGUGGGAACUCGUGUCGCGUUGCACCGUCCACGGUGGACUGGUUGAUGAGUAUCGAUUACCGUUCGAGGCCGAGCUUGGAUCACAUCCGACGUUGGAGGAAAUGCAGGAGAAUGUGGUAACGAAGAAACUUCGACCGAGAAUCUACGAACACUGGAGGAAUCAUAAUGGUCUCAAUGCACUUUGCGACACCAUGGAGGAAUGCUGGGAUCAUGACGCCGAAGCGCGUCUUUCGUCUUCGUGCGUGAUGGAGCGGGUGUCACAUCACAGCCGCUAUCAGACCAUCACGCCGCUUUUGAUUGAAACAAAUUCUACGAAUGACCUGCCACCGAAGGGUCAGGAGAGUGUGUGAGCCGGAAGUGCAGGCGCUCUGCUGAGUUUUUAUUCAUUUUUGUCGAAAAUUAGAGAAACCUGAGCCAAUUUGGACGAUCUUGGAGGUGGAUCUGAGUUCGAAGGUUGGCUCAGUAUAUUUUAGGAAAAAUGUCAUAUCUUAUUUGGAGGCUUUCUCAAUCGCUAGAUGAAUAGAAAGAUUAUAAUUAUUAACUGUCAACGCUAUCCCGAGGAUAGCACUCAAUCAAAAUUUAUAAAACAAGAGAGAGAAAUCUGUUGCUGUUAAGAGAAAAAAAAACCGUCUCAGUGAUCAAUUUGGAGCCCAAUUUAAAGAAUAUUUCUUCACUAGAUACAGUGGACAAUUUUCAUAUAACAUGCCUAUACAAUAGUUGAUUUGUGCAUUUUUUUAACAUGCAAUAUAAUCUACACGUGGUUGCAUUGAUGAGUAGUGAGAAGAACACGAGUGAAAGGAUGAUGUGCAGCGAAAGAACGAUGAGAUAUAUUUUUAUAAGAGUUUUCUUAAUAUUUGUAUGCCAUGAUUAGUUGAGGUAAGGUCAUUCUGUUAGUGAUAGGGACCCAGAUACGAUAUAAAUGUUUAAGUUAAAAAGUGAAUUUCUUUAAGUAAAUAACAGUUUCCUUCCCUCAAUACAUUUUCGGAUACGUAAGAAAUUAAGAAUUAGUGCAAAACAAAAUUUGUAUAUAAAUAUGUAGAAUGAAAGAGAAUUUUAUUUUAAAAUUUGGGAAUUGUAUGUUUUGGUGUCCAUACAAUUUUGAUUCAUUUCCUGCGGAUACCCAAAAACUCAAAAUUUUGACAAUCCAUCGAGGGUGGGGGGAACAAAUUACUCGCGGUCGACUCGAGUGAUUGGAGCAUCUCUAAAAAUACUCAAUAUUGGGUGUAAAAGCAAGUUUUAAAGCAUUGUAUAAAGAUUGUAUUCAGAGAAUUCAACACUUUUCAUUGCAUGGGUAUAAAUUGUUGAAAAUUUUUGGUAAAACUAGUGUUGAGUGUAAUGUUAAGAUGUACAAAAUUUCCUCAGAAUCUGUCGAGUGGUUAUCGAGAUGGGUUCCAAGCAGGAAGCGCCUCCAAUAAAAAAAGUCGUGGGCCACUAUGAAGGGCAAGCUCCAGAAAAUAGCGUAGGUCUUCGAAAACGGCCAGGAUUUGGAGAAAAAGUGGAUGAAAGUGUGUAAGAAAGAUGGCACAAGUGUUGCACAGGAUUUGAUGGGUAGUGUUAAGUCCAAGGUGCUGGCAUAUAGUCUAGGACAGGAGGUUGAAUAAACCAACUUUGCAAAAAAAUAGCAGAUACGUGUUUAUCUAUAGCCUGAGAGUUUCAAAAAUAUCUCCUUGAAAUGAAUUUUUGAUUAUCAUUUUUGUCUGUUGCAUUUUUUCGAGUACAGGCAAACCUUUUUUUUUUAUGCGGGGAUAGAGACCGCACAAAAAAAGUCGCAUAAAAAAAAUCGUGUUUGCGGCACACAUUUUGAAAAAAACUUUUUUGUGCGGUAGAUAGGGAUUACAGUUCCCAAGUUUCCCCCAAGAUAAUAACUUCCGUUUGUUCAAUUUCCUUUUGUUUCCCUGCUUUGCGAUGGAACACUUUGUCUUUUAGGUUGCGCGUGGCUGUUUUGUGCUUUUAGUUGCAUGUUGAAACGUGUUGCUGUUACAAAUCAUGUCAUGCAAAAACUUAGAAAAACUUAGAGCAUUUGAUGAGAGGAGCGGAAUGAUUUCUGAAGUGGAUAAUUGAGACGCAAAUAUGCUUUUUUCGCAAUGAAAUGCAUAUAAACCAUCGAAAAAAACUAAAUGGACGAUAACUUCGUCAAA